AUGAAGCCGCUUCUAAACCGGCACACUUGCAUUCGCUCUGAUGAAGCGAAAGUGGUAUAUCAGAGUUACACGGUGAGAGAAAGCCCGGCGACAUUGGGCCGGUAUCGCAGAAGUGGGUUGGUGCAGGCGGCGGCGGCGCGCGCGCAACUAGGUGAGCGUGUCGAGGUCGUGACGUCACCCGCUUUCUCUGCGCGCGCGUUGUGCAACUACGCCCGCGCCGCUGCUGCGCUGCUCAUUGCAAUCAGCGGCAAUGCACCUUCAAAAGUGUGGAGUGCGGGCGGCGGGGCCGGCGGUGGAGGUACAGCAUGCGGUAGCAGCGGCAUGGACUUAAAGCACGAGGUAGCGUACCGCGGCGUGCUGCCAGGCGCGGUCAAGGCCGAACCAGGGGUCAGUCACAACGGCCACCAGGCCAACGGCCACGUGCGCGAUUGGAUGGCCGGCGGCGCGGGCGCGGGCGCGGGCGCUGGCUCCCCCUCACCUGGACCGCCGGUACAGCCGCAGCCGAACGGGUACUCCUCGCCCUUAUCCUCAGGCAGCUACGGACCCUACAGCCCAAAUGGAAAAAUAGGUAUGCAUUUUGAAGUUGAUUUUCCAAAGAACGUAACAGAAACCAAUGAAGGUAAGCAAAACGAAGUACUCACAGUAAAAGAAAAUGUCGCUUUUGAUGCAGCAUUCGAUAAUAACGAUGCUUGUGAUGCUACAACCACAAUAAUAAAUGUGGAUAACGAUAUUACACCACCUCAUUAUGGAAAUAUAGUCAACUCAAUAACAAAGAAGAAUAAUCCGAGUUGCAUAGAGUUAAAAAUUGCUAUACUUGUGUCUAAUACUAAGCCGCAAAACGCAGUGAAAUCUUAG